AUGGACCAUAAAGUUUAUCACUUACUUUAUUAUUAAGUCCAUUUGUAAUUUAAUUAUUGUAAACUUCCAAUACCAUCACCCUUUAUUUUAUUUGAUGUUUCUGCAAUUAAUUAUCCUCUUCCUUCUUUCGUACUUUUUGCAGUCAGAAAAAUGAUACAUUAACAUUUCAUUUACCGUAUUUUAUUGAAAAUUUUAGGAAUAAAUAAAUGAACGUAUAUAUAGAAGAAGAUUUCGUAUAUCGGCGCGUUUAAUCCGUGUUAUUACGUUUCACUUCCGUCUGUUUAAUGAGUAUACAGGUAUUAAUUGAUAGGUACAUAGUGACCGCGAUAUUUUCCAUUAAGCGCGACUCAUGAUAAAUGGAGGAACGAUGCAUUAUCCAACAUCGUAUCUUUUACUCACAGCGUAAAAAUAUUGACGUCGUCAUUAUGUGGAUAUCGCGGAUUAUGAUCGUUCAGCCUUUGCAUCUUUGAGGAUUCUACGUUUAUUUCUAGUAAGUGUAAUCAUUAGCGCGAUUCGUGCGAUUACACGUGAAAAGUUAAUGAUAGUGUUGCUUUAUGUUUGUCAGCCUUAUAAAAAACGUACAGAAUGAUUUUUCGUCAAGCAACAGACAAAGCAUAAUAUUUUUGAGAAUAAACAAGGAAAACUUGAUAAUUGAAUUUGGACUGAAAAUAGAGGAAGAAGUCAGAUCAUUGCAAAAACGCAUAAAAUAUCAUUGCACGGUUGUAAAUUUUAUUUUCGCAUUAAUAAGAUGCUCGAAGAGUUUAGUAAAUGUUUUACGACAUUUUGUACAG